ACACACGGCACAAUAUAUUUUAACUUGGCAAUUAGCCAACUUCUUCGCUGGAUUAUUGACAUACCUGACUGAACUGCGUUUAGUUCUGUAGCGCUGUCACGUGUUAGCGCAAGUGCUACAAGCGCUGUCAGACACUAACCAAGACCUCCAACUGCCUCCUGCGGUUGCUGCGGUGUAACCACACAAAUUGACGUCAACGAGCGAACUAUCCAGUUGAAACCUUGGUGAAUUGAUCACCGACGAUGCUAAGAAUUGUACAGGACUAUCGUAAGACAGCCCACCUUCAAGACGAUGAACAGAUCCUCCUCAUCUUUAUUGAAAAGUUAGAAUGAAACACAUAAGCAUCCACAGCGUGCGCUGUAGAUAGGCUACUAGAGCGGCAACAUACCCGAAUUAGUCUCGGAGCUGUAAAGGCUGACCGACGCGCUCAUCGUCCUCGGAACUGGUGUCACAGGCUACAUCACACUAACAAUGUGCCUCCAGGAUGAUCCGUUUCUCCUGAAAGAUUUCUAAAAGUGCACCUCCAUACCAAAGCAUUUCAUCAGAGAAGUAGUGUCCAAAGAAAUCGGUAUAUCUCUGUGUGGGAUGGACACAGCCAAGGGGAGGUGGGCGCCCGAAAGCAGCCCCUCGCCCCCCAGAGCCCGGACUUCCUGCUGUCCCAGUCUGAAGAUAUUCCUCAUGGCCUUGUCCUUCGCAUACUUUGCCAAGGCGUUAUCUGGAAGCUAUAUGAAGAGCACAAUUACUCAGUUGGAAAGAAGAUUUGACAUUCCCAGUUAUUUGAUCGGCGUCAUAGACGGCAGCUUUGAGAUAGGUAAUCUGCUAGUGAUUGCCUUUGUAAGUUACUUUGGGGCCAAGCUUCACCGCCCAAAGAUCAUCUCAACUGGCUGUCUCCUCAUGUCACUGGGGACGUUCCUGAUUGCUAUGCCUCAUUUUAUCAUUGGCCGCUACAAGUUUCAGACAUCCGUAAGACCAGCCAUGAACACAUCAAGUUACCUCUCAGGAUACUGUCCAGCAAGCACACCUGAGCCCAUUCAGACAGGCAGCAGCCCCUCAGUAGUGCCCUCUGUUGGCUGUGAGAGGGAGUCCAGCCUCUCCAUGUGGGUGUAUGUCCUCCUGGGGAAUGUGCUGCGGGGCAUCGGUGAGACGCCCGUGCAACCACUGGGCAUCUCCUACAUCGACGAUUACGCCCACGCUGAAAACACAGCCCUCUAUAUAGGCUGUGUGCAGACUAUAGCCAUCAUUGGUCCAGUGUUUGGAUACCUGCUGGGAUCUCUCUGUGCUAAAAUAUAUGUGGAUGUGGGAUUUGUUGACAUGGACACCAUCACCAUCACCCCUAGCGAUGCGCGGUGGGUGGGAGCCUGGUGGCUGGGCUACCUGAUCGCAGGGGUCAUCACCCUGGCCUCGGCCGUGCCCUUCUGGUUCCUGCCCCGGGCGCUGCCGCCCCCGCAAGACCAGCACAAUGACGACAGCCCCCUGGAGCAGGCCAGCUUCCUGAAGGACGCCCCCACCAUCAAGCACAAGUACAUGCCAGACGAGCUCGCCAACUUCCACGAUAUGGCUAAAGAAUUCCUCCCUACAUUGAAGAGCCUGCUUGGUAAUCCUGUGUAUUUGACAUAUCUUUGUGUGACCAUCAUCCAGUUCAACUCGCUCAUUGGUAUGGUCACGUACAAGCCCAAAUACAUCGAGCAGCAUUAUGGACAGUCUGCCUCCAAAGCCAACUUUCUGAUGGGCAUCAUCAACAUCCCAGCCGUGGCCCUUGGAAUGUUCCUGGGGGGCGUCAUUAUGAAGAAGUUCAAGUUCGGCAUCCUGGCCGCCGCCAAGUUCGCCUUCGGGACCUCGUUGGGCUACUUUCUCUCGCUGUUCUUCUUCGCCAUGGGCUGUGAGAACGCCAAGGUGGCGGGCGUAACGCUGUCAUACUCUGGCGAGGAUGUCUUGUCUUACAACGAGAGGUUUCUAUUCACCAACUGCAACUCAGCGUGCAUGUGCUCCGGGAAGGACUGGGACCCCGUAUGUGGAGCAGACGGCAUUACGUACGUCAGCCCCUGUCUGGCCGGCUGCACAGCCUCCAACGGAUCUGGGAAGGAGACGGUGUUUGAACACUGCAAAUGCAUCGGCACCGCUGGACCAGGUGCCCAGACCGGCAACCUGACAGCUAUUUUGGGCCACUGCCCCCACCGUAGCAGCUGUGACAGCAUCUUCCCCUACUUCCUGGGCCUGUCAGUCAUCACUUCCUUCAUCAUCUCCCUGGGGGGAACCCCUGGCUAUGUGCUGCUCAUCAGGUGCAUUAAGCCGCAGCUGAAGUCUCUCGCACUGGGGCUCUACACACUUUCCACUCGGACCCUCGCUGGAAUACCUGCCCCCAUCUAUUUUGGUGCCAUUAUUGACACCACCUGCUUGAAGUGGGGACAGAAACGAUGUGGUGGCCGUGGGGCGUGCCGAAUAUACAACACAACAGCCUACAGGAUAGUGUAUCUGGGCCUGACGCUGGGUUUGCGGACCGUCUCCUUCUUCCUGUGCAUCCUGGGCUUCAUGCUGCUGAGGCGGCACGUGCGACGCGAGGAGCAGCAGGCGGCGCUGACCAAUGGCGGUGCAGAGACCGAGUGCCUCAGGAAGGAGGAGAACCACACGCUGCACUGCGAGCAGCUCCUGUGGACGCUGGACUGCAACCCCGACCGGGAGACGCGGCUGUGAUGGUCAGCAUGGUUGCCACUCGUCCAUGUAAAUCUGUUUUU